CACAGCUUCGUGUAAGUUGAAAUUAAUCAUGAUCGGGUCCGUUCAAGUGGUAGAAAAAAGCAUAUGCAGCCCUCGAGCCAAAAAUAAUUUUGUUUGAGGUUUGUAUCUAUACCACCAGACCACUCGUUACUUUCUGUCAGAAUAACACCAAUAGUUGAUGCAUCACUUGUAGUUAGUAUAUUACUUGCAUUCAUUCAUUGUCCUUCACAGUGCCACACAACAAGCAAGAUAACUAUUUUAGAAUUGCUAUUUUAGAGUCAAUACAAGUAUCUUCACCAAGCCUUGGUCCAUACAUUGACUCUUGAUUGUCCGUUGAUAAGAAGAGAACACUUCAGUGAAUAUAUGGAGAAAUCAAGUAAACAGACGAUACAGAAGCAGUUUGAGAGUUUAAAAACAAAAGACCGCUUCUUGGUUGCGCAAACACCUAUGCCGACCACAAUUGCUGAUUUCAUUGCACUUGCUGUUCAAGAAACCUGUUCCUGUAUCGUUAGUAUGGAGGCACACUUGGAAAAGGAUAAGGGGAUUGGCUUGUACUUUCCUGGUGACAAUCAGACAAUGAAGAAGGGUAAGGUUUCUGUACGAACCACCACAGAUCAAAGUACAAGCCACUGUGUGAAAAGCAAAGUGCAUUUCGUACUGGAAGGAAAAACCAAGAAAGAUGUGACGAUUCCACACUAUGAAUAUUUGGAAUGGGAUACAAAACACAAUGUUCAGAAGUCUCCAGAACUCUUUGUUGCCUUCAUCAAAGAGGUUGAAGACGCAUCUAAAGCAUCUCACUUGAAGGGACCGAUACUGUUGCACUGUCUAAACGGUGCUGGAAAGAGCGGCCUUUUUUGUGUUGUCUCGACAUUACUUGAACAACUGAGUGAUGAUAAUGAAGUCUGCGUGGUCAAUGCGGUGCAGAAAGUCAGAACUAGAAGACCGCUCGUUAUUCCAAAUAAGGAACAGUUUUUCUUCUGCUACGAAUGUGUUCUCCAUUCCGUGAACGCAGCAGAUAACGCUGUGUAUUACAACAUAAGUGGAAAUAUCCAGAGGGAAUGAACGAUUCGACCAUCUCGGAACAAUGGCACACGUAGGGUUACCAUUGACACGAAGACAUGAAUAUACAUACAUUUACUAGGCAUAUGAUGAAAUAUUAAGUCAUGCUUUUCACAAGGUGAAGACAUGAUGACAAUUAUUUCAACGGCCUUUUAUUGCAUCACCUUUAUGCAGAACACGAGUAUUUCACCUGCCAAUAUAAACAUAAACAUUGCAUUGUAAAUCUCCUUGUAAUUAGUUGCAUGUUGUUAUGCUUGUUUUAAUUUUACCAUGGUGUAUACUCUUUAGUUUUUUUUUAAUGAGUUGAAUAUUUGAACUUUUUUGACAUAUUAAAUAAUUGAACUGUACAUAACUUUUAUUAUUAUUUUACUAUAGAUAUAAUUAUAUUCCAUUUUGUUUGCGUUGCCCUUAUACAUUUAGCUUUGAAUACACAUUAUAUUUGAAAUUUGAAUAACAAUGUCAUAACGAUUUAUUUUUUAAUAAUUUCUGUAAUAAAUCGAGCUUAAAAGUAUGAUUGUAGGUGUUAUAAGCGUUAAUAAGAGCACUUAUUUUUAAUUUUCGUAAGUGUUUUCUUUUUAAACAGGAAAUGUCUUUAGUUUUAUGAGCAGAUUGGCACGAAUUUUAUUUAUAUAUUUAGCAUUUUAUUAAACAUAUACACCUGCGUAUUUCUGGUGUGUAGUACUGUUGCUUAGCAUCUCAUAUAAAUUUGUAUAGAAGCCUUUUUUAUUUUUGGAAAAUAUAUUAUUCACCUGAUAUCCUUCAUUUUCAUAAAUUUGCAUUAGCCCAAAUCAUGAACUAGAAAUGAUUUGUAUAAUUAAAUAACCGAUAUAUAGACAGUCAUAGAUGACGCCAAAUAUAUAUCAUAUUCACUAGGGUUUUCUCAUAACUCUGACCAAAAUAAAGAAUAUCAGUUUUCUUUUCAUAUUUUCCAAAAUGAAACGGGAACUAAUUAAUCAGAUUAAUAAACCUGAUCAUGACAAAGCAUGCCAUUCAAAUAAUAAAUUCACUGUUUGUGAGGUUUGGUUC